AUGCAGGGAAACAAAAAAUGCACAGACGGGUUCAGUGAUACCUCCAGCAUUGGCAGCGUGCUGGAUGAAGCAGACAGGGAGGUGAGCAACCUCACAGACCGGGCCUUCCGAAGUUUGUGCAUCUCGGAAGACGCAUCCUUCCAUGACUCUGACCUGGCUCUGUCCCCAGAUAUCACUGGCCAGGUGUCAGGGACUUUUCACCAGGAAACAGUGAGCCAUGCCAACAGGAAAAGUGGGAUUUGGAGCCAGCUUCCAUCUCAAGGCACAGAGCAUUCUGGCUGGGCAGCUACCUUACAACAGCAACCCAAGUACGUUCAGGGGGAGGAAAAGUACCCCAAAAACAGUCCUCUGCCAAUACCAGUCCAGAGGAGACUGGAGGUGCCCAUUUCUGGCCUGAGGAGCAACAGCAAGCCCAUCUCCAAAGUCUCAUCACUGAUCAGAUCUUUUGACAGGACAGAGAUUCAACCUUGUGACAGCCGACCUCCUCCGACCAAACCCCCAGCUCUCAAAAAUCCCCCCAAGUUUGCACAUCCCCCAGAAAGUGGUGUCAACUUCUGCUUUGAUUCGGCCUUUCUGACUGUCAGGAGGGUGCCUGCUGAAGUCUCCAACACCCAUCAGGGCAGCCACCAGCCUGGCCAAGCUCCUGGAGAACAAGAGUCUCCCAAGAACCCAGAAAUAGCCUCUCACAGCUCAGACAGCCUCCUCCAAACACCUGACCAUGUGGCUGGCUCAUUUGAGCCAAGGUUUCCCUCUCCAUCUCUCAAGCCACCCAAAGCUGAGCCAGGAAGAGGGAAGGAGUGGAUUCCCAGGAGGACUUUUCUGCACAGUGAAAACAGUGCCUUUGAGUCGUGGGACACCCACCAACCAAAGCUCCGGGAGAGAAAGGACAUUACUGAAACCACCCCAGAAAGCAAAGUCCCUAAACAUUAUGAGGACAUGACUUUGCUAAAGGAGCCCUACCCUGCAGAGUCCAAAGUCUCCCCCUGCCAGGGCAGAGCUAACUGUGCCCAGGAAGAGAACAGGUCACCAUCAGGAAUCCAGUCCACAUCUGGAGCCAGGGGUGCCAGGGAUCCAGGAUUCCUAUUCCCUGUAGAGGGCAAUGCUUCACAGAUUGACUCUCAAGUGAAGCGGAGUCAGGCCCCGUGGAGGAAGCCAAAGACUAGCAAAGGAGGGACAGAUGGUCCACAUGAUGCUCUGGAAGACAAGAAACAGCCCAAUAGGAGAGUUCUGCCUCUAUAUUCAAAGCUCAACCCUCAGGGUCAACUUCCAGAAAAUGGUGUUCCAGACAUGCCAGAGGAAUCCAAUGACCAUUACAGUCCCCCUUUUAACAUCAGUAAACUCCUCACCCCAAUUAUAUCUACAAAGCAUGUCUUGGAAACUUCAGACACCCAACCAGUGGAAAUAAGCCCAUCCCCUCCAGGACAGCUAAAUGGAUACCAGGAGAAGGAGUCCAAUGAGGCUCAGUCUCGAGAUAGCUAUAAAUCCAAAGCGCCCAGUCUGCUGUUCAACCUCAAGGAUGUUCGGAAACGAGUCAAGAGUACAUAUAGUCCCCUGCCUCUCUUAAAAGGCUUUGAUGAGAAAACCAGAGGUAAGCUGGAUAGCAAGCAAGAACCUCUGAGCAAUGGAGUCACCCUUCCCAAUGGGCUUGAAGAAAAUCCUCCCACUGAGCUCUUGAAGGAGAUGACAGAUGAUGCCCCUAGCGUUUUGCACAGCAGUACCCAGAAGGAUCCUGCUAUCAACUCUAGAGAAUCAUUUGUAGACAGCCAUCCGACCCUCAGUUCACCUUCAGCUAGUUCCAAAACCCACUUCUCCAUCAAUGGGGAAGCUGUAGAAAGGAACAGUAAUGAGAAGGAAGAAGCCAAUGGAGAGUCAGAGCAGGGUCCCUCUGAGGAUGGCUGGCAUCCAGACUCCAGGGAAAGCCUUCCCCAGAAACAUCUCUCCCUUAAACUCUUCACCAGGGAGUCUGAAACAGGACAGGCUAUGGAGAAAACGAAGCCCCACCUGCUGGAGAAUGGCCUCUUGAGAUCUAUCUCCCAAGAGACAGAGCCUGAGCGAGAAGCGGGGUUCCAGAAUCUACCCUUGAACCAGAAGUUCUCCCCAGGACCCCUUUCCCCUGAGGAGGAGGAUGUGUUUUACAGUGACAGCCAGUCUGAUUUUACUCCAUGCCUCCAAACAAAGGCUAAAUUCAGCACCAGCUCUUCAGACCAAUCCUUUGCUUCUUUUGAAGAUCAGCAGAAGAUGUGGUUUACAGAAGGCCCCCGGGAAGACAGGAAAGGUCAUGUGAGUGCAGGUGCUAAUCAGAAGGAAGAGAAGGAGACCGUGGUGGAGAAAGAAGAGGCACAGCAAUGUACCUUACGUAAUGAACAUAGAGAUGUGGAUGAGCAGAGACAGGAGGAAAUACAAAGAAAAGCACAAAGUGUUUCGAGAGGAAGACCCAGGAAAGCAUCAGUGGAGGAAGUCAGUGCCAGAGGCUCUUGGAUGGGGGCGGAUAAGGAUACAGCUCUUUCACAUGCCAAGGACUCAACCCCGUUGCCAGCUUCUACCAACAAGCACAGACUGUUCCCAAUUAAAGAUAACACACUCAGGGCCACCCCAGUGAUAAAGCCUAUUAUUCUGCCUCUCCUGAGGACAGUCUCCUCAGAGGACUCACUUAGUGGUGGACACAAAGAGAAUGAAUUGCCAAGACAACCAUGGGGCGAAGAUGCUGGUGGCCUUUGUGACUCAGGAAGCCAGGAAAUGUCUAACACUCCACUAUCCAAUAACGUGCCAGGCAUGCAGCAGAAAUGUGUGGUGUGUGAGGGAGUGGAGGAGGACCCGGUACACACUGCAGCCCAGGAUGAGACUUCUCAGCAAACCUGGAAGGGGAGUUUCUCUUUUCUACCACUGGUGGAAGAGGGGGGUAGGAUGAAACCACCCCCAGAUACAGCCAGCGAAGCGCUAGCACAGGGAAAAAGCAGAUCUGCAGACUCAGGGAAACUGGGGGCCCCACAGCAUAUCCCCACCAUCGCUUUACCCCCAGAUGAUUUAGAAGACUCUCUCCCCUCCCUGCCACAACAUGCCUGUUGGGAAGAACAAGGUUUCAAAAGCCAUUUUUUGUCUGCACCCAGAGCAGGAACUUCAGGAAGAAGGCUGGUUCCCAGUGAGGCAGCGACUUCCCCCAACCCCAGCUCUCUAGGAGAGAGCAGCACAUGCUCCCCUGCAGCCAGCAGUGUUUGGGAAGAAGCUUCCCAGGCAGCUGGGGAACACUGGCAGCGCCAAGAGCCUCCUGGCCCCCGUCUCUGGGCCAGCCCGGGUCCUACAGGGCUCACUAGGAGGGAGGACACGACACAUGGCCUCACGUGGGAAGCUGAAGGUUCAGAUCCUCAACUGGAGAGGUUGGCAGAUUUCAGGACCCUCUCUCCGAGAGGCAUUUUGCUAGCUGAAGCUGCUGAGAAACCUGAGCCCCCUUCUCUGCUAGAGAGGACCGCAGGCAAGCCCCCUGCAGUCCCACCCAAGACCGAGAAGGCCCUGCGCAGGGCAAAGAAGCUGGCAAGCAAGAGGAGAAAGAGUGAUCAGAUACUGGAGAAGCAUACCGAGGCUUGGGAGGGCAAGUCCUUCACAGAGGACACUCAGGGGACAGAGCAAAGGCCCUUAUCUCCUGGAAAGGGGCCUAGGCCCAGGUUCCCAGCCAUCCGCUCCCUGCCCCCGCCCACGCACCGCCAUUCAGUGUCCUGUGGCUGGGAGCCCGCAGGGAGGCGGCCUUGGGGACCCCAAUCCCUCACGCCUCUUCCCCCUUACCCCGCCACCCAGAAGGUGCUCCAGGAUCCCCAGUCAGGACAAUACUUUGUCUUUGAUGUGCCUCUCCAAGUGAAAAUCAAGACUUUCUAUGACCCCGAGACUGGCAAGUAUGUCAAGGUCUCUGUCCCUUCCUCUGAGGAAACCUCUUCAGAGCCACCUCUGCAGGAUGCCCUGGUUGCUCCCUACCUACUGUACCCCGGUUUCCGGCCAGUGCCUGUGACUUCCUUGAUGCCUCUGCGCUGCUCCUCUCAGCUUGCAGCCCCCACCUUUCUCAGGCAGGGUUCUGGCUACAGGCCCCAGAGUUCCCAGGGUGCUAGACUACAGCAUCCCCCUGAACAGCUGGGUGAAUCCACCCAGCAUGCCUCUGCCCAGCGACCCCGUGGGCCUCCCCAUAGUCCAGAGGAAGAGGGUGCAGAAGCUCCAAGCUUAAGUAUCAUCUCCACAGAUGACCUAGAGGACUUUGCCACGGAGGGUGUUUCUUGA